GUGUUAACACAGUCACAACGCCACUGUCUCUGGUCACCUGCUGAGGGAGGGAGGAAGUGUACUGUUGGCACCAGUCUCACAACGCCAUUGUCUCUGGUCACCUGCUAUAUACCAGUUGUAGUAGCAUCUUUUCUUAGUCUCUCUUCCGCUACUGGACCAUGGAUUACAGUUUGGCAUAUUUAAUACUUAUUUUGCAAGCAUUUUCCAUCUCUUUACCAGUUGCUGCUUUGUGGCCCUCGUGGAACACCCCUUCUUCCACUACCACUACAACACCUUCGUGUGUAACUGAUGGUCAUGAUAUUUUAAGAUCAUUACCCGACUCCUCGAGCGUCAUCACCCUCACCACUCUCUCUCCCGUUACUGCUGACUCUCCCAGACACUCCAAACUUAAGUUAGGCGUAGUGGUGGCUCAGGAAUUACUCAGGCUUCUACUACAAUAUUCUAACGCCCGCUUUAAGAGAGACUUACCUGAGCUGCAGGCCACUAUUAUAGCUAAAGAUUCCAUCAAACUAGGCCUACUAGCCUACAUGGGGUACCAAGGUGAGGAGGACUGUAGUGCACGAGCAGCAUGUGAGGCUGGGGAACUAUUAGGCAGGUACACCCCUAGUGUAACAAUAUUGUUUGCUGCUCUCGACUACUUUACUCCUGGACACAUGAGGUCAUUACUUCACGUGGCCAAGGAGGCUGCCGAGGGCGACGGAUGUUUUAACUAUAGAUGUGGUACAUUACCUUACCAAGCGGAAACAACGUAGUAACUGUCCCAGUGUUCAGAUGUGACAGCCUCUCCCAAACACUACGAUACUACUGAUCUUCAGCAAACAAGAACAAUACAUAGGCCAAUUUUCCUGUUUUGGAUUGAUUUCCUGGGGAGAUGGGGAAACUGGUAACAUGUCUUAUCCUUACUGUUGGCUAGUACUGUUUAUGCAUUUUGUGAACUUUUUUUUUUUUAAUAAAACUUUUCUUUGCCGUAACUAUAAACAUUCAUAGCCUCUCAGCUACUUUGUAGUUUAGUAUUUACUGGUACAGGUCAUGAGUAAGGUUAUCUUUUUUGCCUUCGCUGAAUCUAACUUGAUAUGUAAUUCUUGUAUUUUAAUAAAAUUUAUUUUAACUUU